CAAAAUGUAUAAGCCAAAGCCUUUCACAAAGCUUUUCAGCUUACUAGCAGGAGCACAAUUGCUGCUUAUAGCAGUUAUUGUGCGCUUAGCAAUCGCUUGCCACGAGGAUCAGCCGUGUUUAACACCACGAAACCGGCUUGGCAACUAUGUAACACACGCUAAUUACCUCAAGUUGACCAAGGAGUUGCAAGAUUUAUGUUUGGGUGUGUGCGGUUACAAUAGAACAACACAAUUUCUAUGUUGCCCCUCGCUAGAUGAGCCCUCAGACAAAAGAAUAUCGCAAACUCAAUGUGAACGAGAUCACCGCAAAUUCUCCUUCAUAUUUAUAACGAAUGGCAAACCUGCGAGGGAAAAUGAAUUUCCGUUUAUGGCCGCCAUAGGUUGGCGCUCUACCUUUGGCAGCAGUGACAUAACAUACAGAUGUGGUGGCGCUUUGAUCACCAGUCGGCACUUGCUAACAGCGGCGCAUUGCCUUUACCAUUCGGAUGAACCACCAAUUGUGGUGCGCCCAGGUGGUUUCGAUUUAGAUGAUACCGAGGCGAGGGACAUUGAAAUCGAUCAAAUCCACAUGCAUCCAGGUUAUCAGUAUCCGGGUGUUUACAACGACAUUGCAAUUCUACUGUUGAAAGAGGAAUAUUAUGCCGGCAGAUCCGUUAACUCUGGACCAGCAUGUUUGUGGGCAAAGCCAUUACAGGCGGCAAAUGUUACGGCUAUCGGUUAUGGUAAUACACAAUUCGCCGGUUUAUCAUCGUCAAAAUUAAUGAAGGCCGAGCUGAGUAUUCUACCAAAUCAAAAAUGCGCCGAAUAUUAUGAGGAAGAUGGCAUUAUAUUCUCGCAAUUGUGUGCAAAUGACCCGGUAAAAAGGGGUGAUACGUGCCAGGGUGACUCUGGCGGCCCUAUUAUAAUGUACCGUAAUAUUGGCACGAAUUAUUUUAAUGUGCCCUACAUAGUUGGUAUCACCUCUUUCGGCAUUGGUUGCGGCACUGGAGCACCAGGAGUUUACACGCGGGUCGCCAGCUAUAUUGACUGGAUUGAGAAAGUUGUCUACUAUUAA